UGAAAGUAACGAGCUGACGUCAGAAUGGAGAUUUGCCAGAGUUUACCUCUGGACUGUCUGAUCAGUAUAUUCUCUCUUCUCCAGGACGAAGAUUUAAUCAAAGCGUCCAGAGUCUGUAAGGAAUGGCACCAUGCUGCGGAGACACCGUGGUUGUGGAGGAGAAUGUGUUUGCAGAAAUGGAGUUUCUGCAACAUUUCGCAGCUCCUCUCAAACACGGGGACACACUCGUGGAAGGAUUAUUACCUGCGGCGUGCCCACCUUGAGAUGAAAAUGAAAUCAGGCAGGUCAUGUGCAGACUAUACCUGCAAGAGCCUACGAGGUCAUAAAGGCAAGGUUGUUGGUUUUGCAUACUUGGUUGGAAACGAUGCCUGCUCAGAUGUUUGGAAGAGCACACCAGUAGUCUGCAGUGCAUCCACAGACGGCACAGUCAAAGCAUGGGACAUUCAGAAGGGUGUUAAUUUAUGGUCAAGUCCUGCUCAAAGCCCCCUGCAGGACAUUGUAGUUGAUCCUGUUCAGUCCGUUGCUGUAACUUCUGACAUCACAGGAAAAAUUAAAACCUGGAAGGGUUCAACUGGAGAGGAGCUGGCCUCUUUUGAAUCCGGAUUCUCUAAGACCACACUACUCUUAUUCAGCAACAAUGGCAGCUCCUUCCUUAUGGUGGGAACUAUUCUAGGUUCUCUAGUUGUCUUGACUUGUCCCACACUGUCUGAAGUCUCAAGGCACGUGGUGUGCGACUCAUUCAGUCUAGAUCUCCUCCUCUCAUCCCUAGAUAAAAAAUGGAUACUUUCUGCCUCCAAAGAAAACAUUGACUUGAGUCCAAAGGUUUUCUACAGUGAAAGUGUGUGUGAUCCUGUUGAAGAUGAGGACACUGUGUGUCAGAGUCUGCCUGUCACUGGCUGCUGUGCCGCUGUGUUUCUCCCGUCACAACCUGCACGUGUUGCAGUGAUUCAUAAAGAUGGUCUCGUCAACAACACACUCUCAGUAUUUGACCUGAACAUAAAGGAAGCCAAAUACAAAAAGGAGCCACAAGCUCAGCAAGUUGCAUCGUUUCAGGUCGAAAUGAGCCAUCGUUCAGACGUCAUUCUAGAGGCGAGAGGGAGCAACACUCUUCUGCUUACAGAUGGAAACCAUCUUAAAGUCUACACACUGAAAGGAGAACUUGUGGCUAGUUUUGAAGAUCAUAUACAGCCAAUAACUUCUCUUUGUGUGGACAGUUUUCGGGUGGUGACAGCAUCUCGUGAUCUGUCUCUCAGAGUACUGACAUGGAGAAAUGAUAAAGAACAUGGGCUUAUGCUUGAGAGCCAGUAUCACUUGCUCGGAGGCUCUUACACAAUGUCCAGAGGAUUCACCAACGUUUCCUGCGAUUAUUCGAGUAUUGUGGCCUCCGUGGAGUCAGUGGAUGGAAAGGAUGUUCUGAAGGCUUAUACGUUUGAUUUUUGAGCAUCAAAUGCACUCAGAUCUUCUCUACUCAAUAAAGUUGAGCAAAAGAAAACCUUGAGAACUGAUAUUAUAUUGUGCAUUCCAUAAAUAUUAUUAUCAGAACUGUUAAAAGGUAAAAGACUUUAAUAGUUUGUGCUUAAUGAGAUUCAUAACAUGUACAGUGAGAUUGAGGUGUGUAGAAAAUAAAAAUCAGACUUGGGAAGAAAAUAUUCAGAAAAUCCUGAUUCACUCAAGGGUGUUAACAUUUAUACAUUGGAAUGCCUUGCUUCUUCAGUUUGCCUAUAUUAUCAGUUUGUCUGUAUGCCUAUAAAUCCUGUAAUCUACAAAAAUAAAGACAGUUAUCAGUUUAA